UGGGUUUUCUCUUUCACAAUCGUCGUCAUGGCUCCUAAACCGAAGCCCACGGAAAAAGCAGCGAGUAAGCCCGCCGAGAAGAAGGCGGAGAAGAAGCCAACCGCAGCUGCUCCCUCCACUUCGAGCUCCAAGGUGACGAAGCAAGACAAGAAGGCUGCACCAGCCCCUGCAGCAGCUAAGAAAGUGGUGGAAGCAGCUGCUGCCUCUGCUUCAAAGACAGCAGCCAAACCCGCCCCCAAGCCUGCAGCCAAAUCUGCAGCUAAACCCGCUGCCAAGUCAGGUGCCAAGACUGCUGCCAAGCCUGCCGCCAAGCCUGCCGCUAAGCCUGCUGCCAAGCCUGCUUCUAAGCCAGCAGCACAAAAGUCGGCGCAAAAGACAGCAGCCAAGCCCGCAGCUAAGCCUGCAGCUCCAAAAACCGCUGCCAAGUCUGUUGCUGCCAAGCCAAAGAAGCCUGCCCAGCAGCAGCAACAGCAGAAGAAAACACCCAAGGGUGGAAAACUUGUACAACCUGUUCAAAAGGCUCUCAAAGUACAGAAAAAGGUUCUCAAAGGCACCAAUGGCACCCGUGUCAGGAAAAUCAGGACAUCAGUCCACUUCCAUCGUCCAAAGACCUUCAAACCUCCAAGGAAUCCAAAAUAUCCACGAAAAUCGGUGCCCAAGCGCAGCAGGAUGGAUGCUGUCAAUAUUAUCAAGUUCCCAUUGACUACCGAAGCGUCAAUGAAAAAAAUCGAAGACAACAACACGUUGGUAUUUAUUGUUCACAAGCAGGCCAACAAACAUCACAUAAAGUCUGCUGUUAAAAAGCUGUACGACGUCGAUGUACUAAAAGUCAAUACGCUUAUUAGGCCAGAUUCAAUGAAGAAAGCUUAUGUACGAUUGACACGGGAUUAUGAUGCUCUUGAUGUUGCUAACAAGAUUGGCAUCAUAUAAAUGUUAAUAAUUUACAACUUAUAAAUAAAAGAAUUUAUAAGAAAC